CAUCACUGUUGCCUCAAUUAUUUGUGGCAGUGAUGGAUGCCCCGAGAACCUUUGGCUCGGCCCCCCAGGCCACGUUCCAUGACAUCCCUUAAGAUCAACGAUGGGAGCCCCUCAAGAGGAUCAUCAUCGAGGCCUUUUUGGGGGAAGCCACAAGCUGACCUCUCACGUUCCCCAAGCUUUCCGAGUUCAUGAAGAAGCAUCAUGGCUUUGAUGCAUCGGUGGUCAACCUCUGUCCCGAGAAUAGCCCCUGUAUAACCUUGUCAUCUAACGCACGCCACAAACAGGCCCGCCCAGUAUCGCUAUCGCCUCGGCCAGUGGAACAUCAGAAAAAAUACAAAGAAGGAAGAGAAGACAGCUGUGAUCACAGCUAUAGGGAAACGUAAUCGACCGGGAGGGAGAGUCUCUGACGUGGAGAUUCGACAAGGAGAUAUAAUGAGGCCUGUGGACAGCAAGCAGGUGAAGCGAUUUAUCAAUGACACUAUUUGUCACCACUCUGCUCCGCCAUUGACGCCUGGCAUAAUAUUGCAAUGGAACCUUCCAUACGCAGCGUACCGAGCUUCCCUUGUGAGGCAGGACAAUCACGCCUCUCCAUUCAGCCACAACCCACCAACCCCGCAGUACCUUCACGUCAAUAGCCCUGACACAUCAGCUGGCCGGGGUGAAAUAUCAGACAUUCUCACUCCGACCUCUGCUUUGAUUCGGAGGAAGACAUUAUUAGACCGGUCCAGCUUGCUUCUACAGGGCCGCAGGGAAGAGUGGUUGGGCGGGUGCAACAACAAUGACAGAAGAACCAUCUCUGACUGGCUUCAUGACUACUGGAUGCACUGCUUCAUGACAGCCAAAUUCUGGGGGGUUGGCCCUCAAGAAUGGACAGCGGGACUGAUCUCAGAGGUCACAACUGGCUCAGGCGUCAUUGGGACACCUGACGCCUUGCAUUCGAUGUCGCCUUUCGCAAGGGUCUCUAUUUUAUCACCACAGGAAACCCCUAUAACUGAGAAUCCACGACCGACAGAUCUCUGUCGUUGGGUAAUCCACCACGAAGACACGACCGAAUGGCCUACCUCUCAAACUUCUCGGUCCUACCAGAGUUCCAUCCAGGAAGCCUUUACAUCAAGCCGAUUUAGCGCCAUUGCACCGAAUGAAGUACCGAUCAGCAACGAGGUUAUUGCGGAGGUCAUAUCCAAGUCACCUAAGCAACUUUCAUUAGAUUCAUGGGCAUUUGCGAUAAUGACUGGCAAUUUGGACCUUCUCGGGAAGCUUCAGCACGAAGCUGGGUCCAAACCCGACCUCGAUUUCGCAGAAAUCCACCCAUAUCAUCUCGCAGCAUCAUUCGUCGACGGAGGCAAUGUCUGCUGCCUCGUUCUUUGCUACCUUACGAAAGCUUUGAGUUAUUCGUAUCCGAUCGCAUUGAAAAACCUUGACUCCAAUGGACAUACUGUACUAGACGCUCUCAUGAUUUCGGUCUUGCGUUCCCACACAGAUUGUCUACCCGUGGACGUGAGCACAAGCUUUAUUCAUUGUACUCGUUUCCCGGGCGAAGAGAAGGACAUUUGCGGCCACUGGGAUGCCGAUUCACCAGCUAUACGACAUCUUCAUUCAUCUGGACAACCUCGAGUCCCUGCACAGUGGAAGCAUGCAUUUUGUCACAGUUCUGUGCAGGCUAUUUGUCACAACAUAAUGGCGAUCUUCUUAUCAUCAUCGGCGCCGGAUAUCAACGCUUUCAGCGGCCUUUUCCGACGGCGUUGUACUAGCUGUGGGCUCGAGAUGCAGCUGGGGCCAUUGCAUACUCUUGUAGCCGUUGCAUUUCAUUUGGCAGAGAACGGCAAGAAUGGUGAAACGCUGUUUGGAGCACUGGCUUGUCUAGUUUGUCUUUUGGCACUUGGAGCUGAUCCUGCUCAAGUAGCGGAUCUAUCAGUGCUUGACGUGUUCUCGUCUCCAGAUGAGGGAAGUUGUGGUCAUCGACCCAUGACCGCAAUGGAGUUGGCAGAAGAGGUCCCACAAGAAAUCAUAGAUGACUGGACACCUUCUUGUCAGGUUGGCUGGAGGUGCCUGGUGCUGAUUCUUCGUCACGCAACGCCAUCGCCGCAAGGAGACAGCCCUUUCGGAAAGUUUAGCAACCGAGUCAGCGUCUGCCAGCUUCCCGGCCAUGACGAAACUUGGGAGAGCGAGAACCCAAAUAGUCAUGAGGAUCCCGUUUCGUACGUUUACUGUGCCUUCCAUAGGUCUCACGGAGACUACUUGAACAUGGCCCCCAUCAACCAGAACCUGGGCACUCUAUGGGCGGCGAUCCAAACAGAGCUACACUCAUACCGUAAGGUCACUGAUCUCGAUCCCAACAUCUCUGACCACUUUCAGUUAUCUUCUCUCUUGAAAUGGCUGGAAGAGGAGACUGACGACUUCGAGACUCCACUGCUCACAGAAGAUAUGAUGCAGAGGCAUACGCCAUGUGGAUGGUUUCUCGGGAAACAGAGUUUGUUUGGGGUCAUGGCACCCGACAUGUGUUCGAGGUAUUUCAUGAACAUGGAUAUCUGGUCACGGGCCUCCUUUGUGGAGGAAAUGGUUCCUGGGGACUGUGAACGUGAAGUCUGACGUUUAGAAUCAUAAAGAGACUGCGACUUACGUCUAUGUAAAUCUUUCAAGUGUGAGAAUGGUGAGACGCUAUACCGAAACAUCACCAUAGAUCUUGUGGCCCAGGCAGUAUCAAGGGGGCACCAGGCUACUGAUUAGUAACCUUUUCCUACUAGUAUGUUGCAUCGCUCGGAACAGAUGCUAUUUUCAAAUUCUG